GGACCAACACUUGUCGUCAUUAAAGUUCGCAAUUCAGGGGAGAUAAUUGGAGGAUACAAUCCGUUAGAAUGGCGUGGUGUUGUUUCUCUAAUUGAUUACGAUAAUUUUGGUUAUCGAUGUGAAACAUCAAAUAGUUUUAUAUUUUCACUAACAAAUCGUGCAAUUCCGAUAUUAAGUCGAGUCGCUUCUAAAAAGGAAGCGAUCAUUUGGUGUGGAAACAAAGGACCAUGCUUUGGCUUAAAAGAUUUACGUAUUAUUCCAUCAAAUUCUUAUAAUAAUAUUGUUUGCGAGAGUAGAAAUUACUCUUACGAGAAGAAAAUUAUUAACAAAGAAAUUUUUGAGAUAGAAGAUUAUGAAGUGGCUUAG